GUAAAAUAUGUUCUUUAACACAAUAGACAUCAGAAGAACUUAGGUAUAUUUACCUCGGCAAGUGGAUCGGGUUUAAAUAGGCAUAAGAGAACUAUCACUGGCUGGAAGUCCAUGGUUCUCAUUUCUCUUCACUGAUGAUUUGAAGAUUUUUAUGAAAGAUGACGUAUCCGAAUCUUAAUGACUUCAACGGAGGGCACCUGAUUGCCGGUAGAAAUCACACCCUGGAUGAAGAACUAUGGAGUGAAUCGCGUGCUAUUCGUUAUUACUCUUGCGCUCCGAUCACGUAUGGAAUCGAACUGCAGUUCUUGAUUCCUGUUCUGAUCCAAGGGCGACCAGAUCCAAAUCCAGAUGACCCUCGAAAGGUCAUCUUUGUAAAUGUAGAUGCAACUACUACUUACUCUCAGGUUGAAGACAUAGUCACUCAAAAUAUUUUACAUGUUUUACGUGGACAGGUACAGGUCCCAGCGACGACACAUCUGGGUCCCCCGUUCCCAACUCGCGAAGCCUUUGCUCAACUAGACCAGGAGUCUCAGGCCGUAUCUGAUAUGGGCGCGUAUGAACAAUGGAUUGUCACGACAGACAAAAGCUUAGUCCCGGAGAAUGACCAAUUCUUGGAACACUAUGAUUGGAUCGGCGUCAAGGUCAAAUCCAAUAAACGGGAUAUGUCUAAUCCGGACCACUUUGAUCAGGUCGGCAGGGUUAUUGAAGCUCUACGUGCCAACUUUCGGGUCCGCCUACCGCCUACGACAUCCUUGUUUAUUCACGUCGGCGAGGCCUUUCGUGAUGAGAGAGAGUGGCAGGAUGGUCCAAGACAUUUGCGGGCAUUCUGUACGAUGUGGUGGUUUCUUGAGCGGUAUGUAUUACAACUUGCUCAUCCAUCUCGUCGCACUCAUCCGGAAUGUUUACCUUUAAGGGAACAUUCACGCAUUGCUCAAGGCCUGGAAGACCUGGAUCUAGAAAAACAUGAAAUGCACCCCAGUAAUUUCGCACACAUGUACCAGCAGAUGCAAUAUAUUGUCCCAUUGUUAACGGGCCAGGAAAUGGACAUAAUCAAAAGCUUCUGGAAAGCGAAGGACGCCGCCAUAAUCUGUCAAAGGAUGACGGUGCCGGCGACUCAAUGGGUUGACGUGGGAUGGGGAGUAAAACUACCAAGACCAACAGAAGCGAGAGGUAGUGUUGGUUUCUCGGGAUUCUGUAGAUGGGGCCUACGCAGUUCGAUCAAUUUACACAAUAAUGGACAUACAGGAACAUUUGAGUUCAGGAGUAUGGAAAGUACUUUGGAUCCUCUCCCUAUCAUCAACUGGCUAGCAGUUGUGACUAGGCUGUAUGACUUUUCUCGCAGAGGAAAUACUGGCGAUAUCCUAGGUAUCCUACAGAAGGCUCUUGCUUUUGAGCCACAGUACAGCGGCGUUCAGUUACUUCAAGAUCUUGGUCUUCCUGUGCAAGCCGAGUAUUUCCAAGCCAAGAUCGAGAGGCAGCCUACAACACUGAUGGAAGAUUUCAACACUUUGUUCGUUCCCGUUAAAUGA